AUGCCGACUACAACUUUGUUCAAGCAGCUCAACGGUGUCCAUCAUGUGCGCAGCUUCCCCGCUAACAAUUGGGGUCCUCGGAGCCGGCGUCAUUGGACUGCAGACUCCUUGAUUCUCAAAGAGGCAGUUUUCAACGUCGUCAUUGUCGCCAAGGACUUUCCGGGAUCGGAAGACCCUCUGUAUACAUCGACAUGGUAA